UCAAACACAACUUAAAUUCUUCGGAUAAAAAGCAAGGAGUUACAUUUUAAGCGUUCAAUUGUGGAACAAAUUUAUCCACGGAUUUGUGAACCGAAUGGAUAAUCUACCAUUUCAUUUAGAAACAACAGACCUUUGAUGUUAUAUUUGGAUGGUCCGGAGCAUGUUGGCUUAUGUGAAGGAAAUCAGACGAUUAAAGUGGAUAUAUCAAACUUCUACGGAGACGGAUUCUUUAAUAAUAGAAUAGGAAUUGUGCAAAUUAGAUCUUUUUCUCUGUCAUAGUUUACAAUGCAUAAUCAUUAGUAGGCUUCGAAUAGUUUAAACCUGCAGGGUAACAGAGAAAGAUAUAUAUCUCUCAACCUGUAGAGCGGAUAACUUCAUUGAUGUAUUUAGUCUCUUCCAUCAACGAUUUACAGAACGCAAAUGUGACUUUGACAAACACGAAAUAUUAGGUCUAGAACGAAGAAAAUAUCCAUACUGAUUUGCUUCAAAAUUGGGUCCACAGAUUAUUAGCAAAACAUGGCUAAAAGAGCAGUAAAUGAGCCUGCUGAGGUCGAUAAAGCCCUUCUCAUGGCAGCUUCAAAUGGUUGUUUUGAAAUGGUUGUGUAUCUCGUUGGUCAAGGAGCACAGAUGAAGAAGGGUGGUAAAAAUGGUUUUACACCACUUCAUGUUGCAUCACAAGAGGGUCAUCUUGACGUAGUUGAGUACCUCGUUGGUCAAGGAGCACAGAUUGAAGAUCGUGAUAAUGAUGAUUCGACACCUCUUCACUAUGCAUCAUGCCAUGGUCACCUCGAUGUAGUUAAGUAUCUCAUUGGUCAAGAAGCACAGGUUGAUUAUCCCAAUAAAAAUGGUAUCACGGCUCUUUUUUUUGCAUCAAAUGCAGGUCAUCGUGACCUAGUUGAGUACCUCGUUGGUCAAGGAGCACAGGUUGAGAAGUGUGAUAAUAAUAAGGGUAUGACACCACUUCAUGCUGCAUCUCAAAAGGGUCAUCUUUACGUAGUUGAGUACCUCGUUGGCCAAGGAGCACAGGUAGAGAAGGGAGAUAAUGAUGGUGAUACACCUCUUCACUUUGCAUCAAAAGAGGGUCAUCUUGACGUAGUUGAGUAUCUCGUUGGCGAAGGAGCGCAGGUAGAGAGGGGAGAUAAUAAUGGUGGUACACCUCUUUUGUUUGCAUCAUGGAAUGGUCACCUUGACGUAGUUCAGUACCUCGUUGGCCAAGGAGCGCAGGUAGAGAGGGGAGAUAAUAAGAGUAAUACACCUCUUAUGUUUGCAUCAUGCGGUGGUCACCUUGACGUAGUUCAGUACCUCGUUGGCCAAGGAGCGCAGGUAGAGAAGGGAAAUAAUGAUGGUAUGACACCUCUUUACUCUGCAUCAGGCGAUGGUCAUUUCGAUGUAGUUAAGUAUCUGAUUGGUCAAGGAGCACAUAUUGAUAAGCCUACUAAACUUGGUACAACGGCUCUUAUUGUUGCAUCAGAAGCAGGUCAUAUUGACGUAGUUCAGUACCUCAUGAGUAAACAAGCACAGAGGAAAGAAGCAUCACCUGAAGAAUCAGCCGGGGUUAAAGUCCGUGUCCCUCAACCGGUCCUCAAUCUUGAAACAAUUGUGAUGGCGGAUCUCACUGUUAAAGACUCCAGUGGGGGGAAAUAUGCGUUCCAUGAGAAGAAAGCAAGGAAACUUGAAGGCUGUCAUUUGGGUGGAGGCUCUUUUGGGGAGGUCUACAAGGCUACACAUACAGUACAUGAUGAUGUAGCUGUGAAGCUUGCUAAAUCUGGUAAAGAAGGUCAAGUAGUGAUGUACCAGAAGGAGGCUCGAAAGCACGAGAACUCCCUCAUAUGUGAGCACAUUGUCCCCAUCAAAGGGUUUGUGGAGUGUGAAGACGAUGCAUGCAACUGUGGCCUUAUUGGUAUCGUCAUGAAAUACAUGGAGAAUGGAUCUCUUUGGGACUUCCGCACUACUAAAUGGCUACAGCACCCCGACCUCUUGCCUCUGAUCAACAGGAUGGUCUAUGAAAUGUCGUCUGGAAUGCAAUUUCUCCACUCAAAAGAUAUCAUUCACCGGGAUCUCAAGCUGGAGAACGUUCUAGUAGAUGGUGAUCUUCAUGUCAAGAUUGCAGAUCUUGGCCUUGCAACUAAUCUCCAAACUUCAUUCGGUGAUAGGUGUUGGGGCACGGACAGUCACAAGCCGCCAGAAGCUUUUAGAACAGACUUACCCAACUCAACUAAGGUUGUUACUCCAAAGUAUGAUGUCUACAGCUUUGCGAUGACUCUCUAUGAACUUCUGACAGGUAUUCACCCAUACUCUGACAGAGGAUUUGACAUGAUGAAGCUACUGAAAGUAGAAGAAAAACAACCUCCCUGUCUGCAACCUGUUCCAGUAAACACUCCUAAAGAUCUGAUCGAAGUUAUGAAAGAGUCAUGGAGCUAUGAAGCAAAUGAACGUCCAAAUUUCAUAGCCAUCACCAUCAUCACAGUCAGCAUUAUCACCAUUGCCAUCAUGAUCAUCGCCAUCAUCAUAAUCACUGUCAGCAUUAUCACCAUACAUGUAGCCAUCAUGAUCAUCGCCAUCACCGUCAUCACCAUAGCCAUCAUGAUCAUCGCCAUCGUCAUCGUAAUCACCGUCAUCAUUUUCACCAUAGCCGGUUAA